CGUGUCCCCACACAGCACUCAGAGCAUCAACACAGAUUUAUUUUACGUUUAUUUUUAUUUCUAGAUGAAAGUUUUGGUUUGAUUGUGAGAUUUGAAGCUGUUUUGUUGCGGGUGUGAUGGCCGAGUGUUUAGUUCCAGACCUGCCCGCGGUUAAACUCGCUCUGGAGCAGAUAAAUGAGCUGGAUAAGCAGCUGCGAGCCGAGAGAGCGCCGUUCAGUCAAGAAGCCAGCAAUGACCUGAUCCAGAUAGCACAAGCUAUUAAAGACCUGGAGGCGUCCAGGAGAGCCGCCCGCGACCAGCUCGAGGUCCAAACCAUCGAAACCAGUAAACUGCGCCAUCAGGAUCGGACCCAGCGUGAUGACAUCAUCAGGGAGAUAUCAGCCGCCGCGGCCGCCGCCAGAGACGCCGGCGCCGCCGAACUGAAGCAGCUGCGUCAGGAGCUGAGCGACGUGGAGCAGGAGAUCCAGGUCAUGGAGAAGAGACAGGAACUCCUGGAGGACCAGAAUGCACUGCUUCUGCCGGAGCGAGAUGUUCUGAAGGCUCAGCACGACGAACUGGUCUCACAGCUGAACCAGCAGCUCUCAGAGAAAGCAGAUCUUCAGAUCCACGUCACCGACACGAAGAAGGAGAUCCGGUCCACCAAGGAUAAGAUCGAACACAGCGCGGCAGCCAAGGAACGUCUGGAGGAGGAGAUGAUCCACCACAGGAGGACCUUCAGCGAGAGGAAGAACCUCCUGGAGGACGAGAUGAAGACGAUGGAGAACAGCAUCCAGGACCAGCGGAGGAUGAACGCUGAGAAGCGCAGAGAGCUGGACGAAGUUACAGCCCAGCUGGUGGAGAGAGAGGACAGGGUUCACGAGUAUUCACAACAAGUCGUCCAGCUGGAGGGAAGCGUAGCCGAACUGAGCAGCACGCGGCAGAACCUGGAGGCUCAGCUGGAGGCGGAGACGAGAAGGUCCGAGCGGCUCGACGAGCAGAGAGCGGCGCAGGAGACGGAGCUGCAGGAGCUGGAGGAGGCGCGGAAGCAGAACGUGCUCACGCUUCAGGAGAACAUCGCUCAGGUGGAAGGUGAGAUAGAAGCAGCGCAGAAGCUGAACGGUGUCCACGUCCGGUCACUGGCCGAGAUCUCGGAAAUCUUCCGCGAGCAGAGGAGAACGGAGGACGAAGCUAUGGCCGAACACCACAGCCUGAUGGGACGGUUACAGAAAUCGAAGCAGCAGUUGGACGAGCGCGUCGCCGCCGUGGCUACAUAUAAGCUAGAAAAUAAAGAGAUGCAGGCGGAGAUGAAACAGCUACACGAAUCCAACAAAGUGAACGCAGAGCUGUUCCAGAAGAAGCUGAAGGAUCUGGAGGAGAAGCUGCUCAACGCCAAGAAAAGCAGGACUAAACUGGAGACUCACAGAGACGAGCAGCGUGACUCUCUGGAGACGCUGAAGGAGCAGCAGGAACGGAGCGCUAACGAACUCGGAUCAGCCGUCGCUGUAACGGAGAGCAGAUACAGCGAGCUACGGGGCGAGGAGAAGAAACUCCAGGAGGAGGACGAAGCCACGGACGCUCUGAUUGAGGAACUCACUCGAGAGAUCUCCAGAGCCCAAGAGGAGAACCAGAAGAUGAAGAUGAAGUACCAGGAGGAAAUCAAACAGCUCAUGCUGGAUGCAGAAUCCAUCACUCAGGCUCAGCAGGAGAAAGAAAACCAGUUUAAAGAGAGACGGUCGGUCCUGGUGGAGGUCGAGGCUCAGUGGGAGAGGGAGCGUUCCAGAUACAAGAUCCUCCAGGAACACACGACGGAGCUGCAGAACAGGAGAGACGAUCUGGAGUUUUCCAUCCAGCAAAUGAAGGAUCAAACUGCAGCGCUGCUAAAAUCAAAGGAGGACGUGCAGAAGGAGCUCCAGACGGUAGGUGAGAAGCACGUGGAGACGCUGGCGUGGCUGUCGGAGCAGAUCUACGUCACCGAGAGGAAGCUUUAUGAGACGGGACGGACGCUGGAGCGAGUGAACGUGGAGAACAGUCGCCUGCAUCUGAGCGUUGAACUGAUGGAGGAGGAGAUGAGUGACGUGAACAUGGAGAAGAGGAAGCACACACAGGAAAUAGAACAGAUGAAAGAGGAAGUGCAGUCCCUCUGCAGUACUUUACUGGAGGACUGGAUGGUGAAUAAAGUGGCCACUGAGGAGGCCUCAGCGAGGGACCAGCAGCUGGUCGAAGAGAUGCAGGCGCUCCUGCUGCAGGUUAAUAAGAGGACGCAUCACGUUGGAGACGUUAACAGCAGACUAGAGAGAGAGCUCAGAGGUGUGAGUGAGCGUCUGGAGAAGGUUUCAUUUCAACAACAACAACAGAAGGAUGAAAGGAACCCGGUCUGAGCGUGACUGACACUAACACUGAUGAUAAUAAUAAUAAUAAUAAUAAACACCUGGAUGAUUUUAAA